AUGCUUUGUGACGGACCAUUGUCAGAAGAGAACCUACUGAAUCCAGCUCAGACAGAAUUUUUCUCACUGGGGACGGUUGAUGUUCUGUCAGAAUACACCCUGAUGUUACAGGAGAAAACCAUGGAGGAACACAGAAAUGCCAGCAAAUGUGUCUGAUACUAUAACAUCAUAAUUUACAUCACCAUAACAUAUUCUCUGAAAGUGUUCCUUUUCAUAUUUACAAUGAACUCAGUGUGUGUAUAUGACCUCUGAUCAGUAUAACAAAUUAAGCAUUUUCUUUAUUCUUUACUAAAUGAUUAUACGCAAUUUUUUGCUGGAUCAAACUUGUAAACGUAAUAGCUAUGAGAUUAUGCUAAGACUAAAACAUUUGUUUUUAUUGAGAAAAAAAUUAAAAUAUCCAAAUGAUAUGUCAAACUUGAUAAUGCUCCUUCCUUGAUUACUGUUAAUAGAGAGAUUAUAAAGUUCCAUAUCAUGAACAAACUGUUACAAAAACAAACUUCACACCUUGGUCUUGAGGCCUUUUCAGAGGUGGUGUCACACAAAGGUCAUUUUCAGUCUAGUAUGUUUAACACAAGUAAUUCCAGUAGGACCAGGGUGCAGUGAGAAGUCGUGUCCACAGGGGGCGGCAUGGCCCUGUGUUGGCUGUGGAGAGCCUAUCAGAGACCCUGUGGUGCUACAAGUGUGCUCAGACCAGCAGUGGGAGAGUGUGUCAGCUGUUUCCUGAGGGAUGGGAGGACCUUGUGUAGGACAGAUUAUGCCCGGUGAGUCUUCAGCUUUAUCUAUGCCGAGACAGUAGAGAAUUCAUAGCUAACUUGUAAUGUCAACUUUGUGUUCACACCCCUUGACUUUUUCCACAUUUUGUUGUGUUACAGCCUGAAUUAAACAUUUAUUAAAUUGAGAUUUUUUGUCACUGGCCUACAAAUAAUACCCUGUAAUGUCAAAGUGGAAUUAUGUUUUUCUAAAUAUUUACAAAUUAAUAAAAAAUGAAAAGCUGAAAUGUCUUGAGUCACUAAGUAUUCAAGUCCUUUGUUAUGGCAAGCCUAAAUAAGUUCAGGAGUAAAAUUGUGCUUAACAAGUCACAUAAUAAAUUGCAUGGACUGUCUGUGUGCAGUAAUAGUGCUUAACAUGAUUUCUUAAUGACGAUUUCUGAAUGACGACAUCUCUGUACCCCACAAAUACAACUAUCUGUAAGGUCCCUCAGCCGUGCAGUGAAUUUCAAACAGAUUCAAUCACAAAGACCCGGGAGGUUUUCCAAUGCCUCACAAUUAAGGAUACCUACUGGUAGAUGGGUAAAAAAAGAUACAGGCGUCCUUCCUAACUCAGUUGCCAGAGAGAAAGGAAACCACUCAGGGAUUUUACCAUGAGGCCAAUGGUGGCUUUAACACAGUUACAGAGUUUGAUGGCUGUGAUAGGAGAAAACUGAGGAUGGAUCAACAACAUUGUACUGUAAUUACUCCACAAUACUAACCUAAUUGACAGAGUGAAAAGAAGGAAGCCUGUACAGAAUAAAAUAUAUUCCAAAACAUGCAUCCAGUUUGCAACAAGGCACUAAAGAAAUACUGCAAAGAAAUGUGGCAAAGCAAUUAACUUUUUGUCGUGAAUACAAAGUGUUAUGUUUGGGGCAAAUCCAAUACAUUACCACUGUCCAUAUUCUCAAACAUAGUGGUUACUGCAUCAUGUUAUGGGUAUGCUUGUAAUCGUUAAGGACUAGGGAGUUUUUCAGGAUAAAAAAUAAACGAAUGGAGCUAAGCACAGGCAAAAUCCUAGAGGAAAACCUGGUUCAGUCUGCUUUACACCAGACACUGGGAAAUGAAUUCACCUUUCAGCAGGACAAUAACCUAAAACACAAGGCCAAAUCUAUACUGGAGUUGCUUACCAAGAAGACAGUGAAUGUUCCUGAGUGGCUGAGUUACAGUUUUGACUUAAAUCUACUUGAAAAUAUAUGGCAAGGCCUGAAAAUGAUUGUCUAGCAAUGAUCAACAACCAAUUUGAGAGAGCUUGUUGCACAAUCCAGGUGUGGAAAGCUCUUAGAGACUUACCCAGAAAAACUCAGAGCUGUAAUCGUUGCCAAAGGUGCUUCUACAAAGUAUUGAUUCUGGGGUGUGAAUACUUAUGUAACUGAGAUACAGUGGGGGAAAAAAGUAUUUAGUCAGCCACCAAUUGUGCAAGUUCUCCCACUUAAAAAGAUGAGAGAGGCCUAAACUUUUCAUAAUAGGUACACGUCAACUAUGACAGACAAAUUGAGAAAAAAAAAUCCAGAAAAUCACAUUGUAGGAUUUUUAAUGAAUUUAUUUGCAAAUUAUGGUGGAAAAUAAGUAUUUGGUCACCAACAAACAAGCAAGAUUUCUGGCUCUCACAGACCUGUAACUUCUUCUUUAAGAGGCUCCUCUGUCCUCCACUCGUUACCUGUAUUAAUGGCACCUGUUUGAACUUAUCAGUAUAAAAGACACCUGUCCACAACCUCAAACAGUCACACUCCAAACUCCACUGGCCAAGACAAGAUCUGCAAGACACCAGAAACAAAAUAGUACCACAGGGGGACUAGUGAAUGACUGCAAGAUGGGACAAAGUAACAAACCACAUUUACAUACAUUUUAUCAUUUACAGACGCUCUGAUCCACGACUUACAGGUGUACAUUAUAUAUUUUUAUAUAAGGAAUCGAACCCACAACCCUGCGUUGCAAACGCCAUGCUCUAUCAACUGAGCUACAUGCGGCCAUCCUCCCUACCCUGGACCAAUUGUGCGCGCCCAUGAGCUCCGUCGCGGCCGGUGCGACACAGCCUGGAAACCAGAUCUCAGGGCACAGUUAAGCCUGCGAUGCAGCGCUUAGACCAAACUGCGCCACGCAGGAGACUUACCAUCAGUAACACACUACGCCGCCAGGGACUCAAAUCCUGCCAUGCAAGACGUGUCCCCCUGCUUAAGCCAGUACAUGUCCAGGCCCGUCUGAAGUUUGCUAGAGUGCAUUUGGAUGAUCCAGAAGAGGAUUGGGAGAAUGUCAUAUGGUCAGAUGAAACCAAAAUAGAACUUUUUGGUAAAAACUCAACUCGUCGUGUUUUGAGGACAAAGAAUGCUGAGUUGCAUCCAAAGGACACCAUACCUACUGUGAAGCAUGGGGGUGGAAACAUCAUGCUUUGGGGCUGUUUUUCUGCAAAGGGACCAGGACGACUGAUCCGUGUAAAGGAAAGAAUGAAUGGGGCCAUGUAUCGUGAGAUUUUGAGUGAAAACCUCCUUCCAUCAGCAAGGGCAUUGAAGAUGAAACGUGGCUGGGUCUUUCAGCAUGACAAUGAUCCCAAACACACCGCCCGGGCAACGAAGGAGUGGCUUCGUAAGAAGCAUUUCAAGGUCCUGGAGUGGCCUAGCCAGUCUACAGAUCUCAACCCCAUAGAAAAUCUUUGGAGGGAGUUGAAAGUCUGUGUUGCCCAGCGACAGCCCCAAAACAUCACUGCUCUAGAGGAGAUCUGCAUGGAGGAAUCGGCCAAAAUACCAGCAACAGUGUGUGAAAACCUUGUGAAGACUUACAGAAAACGUUUGACCUGUGUCAUUGCCAACAAAGGGUAUAUAACAAAGUAUUGAGAAACUUUUGUUAUUGACCAAAUACUUAUUUUCCACCAUAAUUUGCAAAUAAAUUCAUAAAAAAUCCUACAAUGUGAUUUUCUGGAAAGAAAAAUCUCAUUUUGUCUGUCAUAGUUGACGUGUACCUAUUAUGAAAAUUACAGGCCUCUCUCAUCUUUUUAAGUGGGAGAACUUGCACAAUUGGUGGCUGACUAAAUACUUUUUCAUUAUCGGGCAUUGUGUGUAGAUGGGUGAUAUAUUUAUUAAAAAUCCAUUUUCAAUUCAGGCUGUAACACAACAAAAUGUGGAAUAAGUCAAGGGGUAUGAAUACUUUCUGAAGGCAUUGUAUGUCUUUUUUAACUCUUUGAAUGUGUUCGUUGAAGGUGCGUGUGUGUGUGUGUGGUGAGAGAGAACAGCUUUCAUUCAUCUCCAUUCCAACCUUUAGUUUUGUCAUUUUAAACCAUAUAAAUGUAUUUGUGCUUGUUGUUGUUAUGUGUGUGUGUUAAGACUAUUUGCAGAGAAGUGUGGAGGCUGCGGGGAGGCAGCACUGUCCUCUGACCUGGUCGUAAGGGCAGGGGGACAGAUCUACCACCCUGAAUGUCUACACUGCUCGCUCUGCGGUUCACUACUCAUGCCUGGGGAAAGCUUCAAGCUGGGGCCAGGAGGACCAUUCUGCCAGGCAGAGAAACACGAUGCCAGAGAAAGAGAGCCACAAAGUAGAAACACUGAAAAGAAGAAAAGGUAGUGUAGUUGCAUGUGCAGUUUAUCUAUUGAUUAUAUUAUCUAAUUGACUACCAUUAAUGAUAGUAAUGAUAAUUAAAUGAUGAUAAUAAUGGACUGCAAUUACAUAGCACUGUUUCAAUUGUGUAUAUUGCAUGUUGGGGGCAUCUUCUAAUCCCUUAAUGUACUUUAGUUUGAUAUACUCUUGUAAGGGUCUGGAACAGGGAGAAGAGGAGGUGUUUGGGAGAGGAGGUGGGUGGACAGGGGUAGAGGUAGAGGGGUGCAGGUACGUACAGUCCUCCGCAACUCCCAGCUAAGAGCCCUGCAAACCUGCAACUCCCAGACCCAGCUGACUGGCCACCUGAUUGGCCUUAGCCCGCGGGUCAACAGGGUGUGGUUCCAGAACAAACGCUGCAAGGACAAGAAGAGCCACGCCAAGAGAGGAGGCAGACCAGUGUCAGACUUGGACUUCACAGUAAGUAGUGUGUGUGUGUGUGUGUGUGUGUGUGUGUGUGUGUGUGUGUGUGUGUGUGUGUGUGUGUGUGUGUGUGUGUGUGUGUGUGUGUGUGUGUGUGUGUGUGUUUGGUGUGUGUGUGAGAGAGAGAGAGAGUUAGUAUGUCUGUAACUCCAGUGAUUAAAUCUCUGUUCCAGGUCCUGCUGUGUGCUUCUGCCAGACCGAUGGUCUUCUCUCCUGAGCCCCCUGACUUCGCCCUCCAGAUCUACACCUAUAAGUCAUCGUGGCAACCACUUGACGGCCAACUCAAACCCUUUACUAAACAUGAAGUCCAGUCUCUCACAGAGACAUCACAGGUACAUGAUAGUUGUGACCAUAUUAGGUGAUUUUAGCAUUUAUACUGAACCAACAUAUAAAUGCAACAUGUAAAGUGUUGGUCCCAUGUUUCAUGAGCUGAAAUAAAAGAUCCCAGAAAUGUUCCAUAUGCACAAAAAGCUUAUUUCUCUCAGAUGUUGUGCACACAUUUGUUUUAAUCCCUAUUAGUGAGCAUUUCUCCUUUGCCAAGAUAAUCCAUCCACCUGACAGGUGUGGCAUAUCAAGAAGCUGAUUAAACAGCAUGGAUAUUACACAAGUGCACCUUGUGCUGGGGACAAUUAAAGGCCACUCUAAAAUGUGCGGUUUUGUCACACAACACAAUGCCACAGAUGUCUCAAGUUUUGAGGGAGCGUGCAAUUGGCAUGCUGACUGCAGGAAUGUCCACCAGAGCUGUUGCCAUAGAAUUUAAUGUUAAUUUAUCUACCAUAAACCAAAUGUAUUUCAAUUGACUGAUUUCGUUAUAUGAACUGUAACUCAGUAAAAUUGUUGAAAUUAUGCAUUUUGCGUUUAUAUUUUUGUUCAGUAUAUAUUAUUGUGGCUUCCUUAUAUUGACUCUUAUGGCUGGAUUAUCAAAGUACUUAUAACUGGUGAUAUGAUAUUAUUACUGGUGAUAUGCACCUUUGGUAUUGGCUUACACUCAUACUUUCUCUUUCACUUCCCCUCAGAGCACAUGUUCCUCAGAAGACCUGGAUUCACCACAGCAGCACAGUGAUGAGUCUGUCGCCAUUCUGACUAUCUAG